GCCGUUAAGUUCCCUUCGAAGCGUCACGAUGAUUUUCGGAAAGGCCAAACGGCGUCGUUUGAAAAGCCAACCCCUCCUUAAUCCCCCGACCAGUCUUCGGAAACGAUACGCCUUCAUCAAUCGAAACUCUUCUGCUCUUCGUUCUCCAUUGCAUAUCGUCGUUAUCGUCGUUGGAUACCUUCAAGAACUGCCAUGGAGAACACCGGAGCAAGUUGCGAAUUCCAGUACAAGAGAAGAAUAACUCUCACCCAAGCACGAAGGGAGGAGAUGGAGAAUGAAAACCAGAUUUCUGCUGAGGUAACUCCAUCUGUGGAGGGUGAAUCGUUCCCAGAUGCUUCGGAAAUUGAGGUUCCAGCAUUGGAUUGCACCAUUGAUAUUGAUAAAAUACCUGGAAUGAAGUUAACCCUGAAAUCUUCUUUGGGGGAGUUCCAGAAUCUGAUGAGCGAAGGACUUGGAGAUCAUCCAGAAGUCCUUGAUCUGUUUAGGGAGAACACCACUUUUUCUCAUUUUUUGGAUGUUGAGUGUAUUCCUCCUCCUCUGUUCCUACGGCAACUCAUUGCGAGGGAAGCCAAAAUAAAGAGGAAAGGAGAGAUGUGCUUGGACAUUUGUAAAGGCUUGGACAGGGAAAAGAAGAAAGAAGGCCAGGAGAUGGAUGCUGUGAAAAUGGCAACACUAUUGUUUGUUGUUGUUGUUCUCUUGGGUCCUGCUAAUCGCGACAAGUCUGCAAUUCCAAAUUGGAUUCAGGGCAUGAUUGCACAGUGGACAGCAGUUCUAGGUUUCCCAUGGGGAACCUGGGCAUUUAUGGAGUCCUUGGGGUCAUUAAGGAAAGACCUAACUGCCAAGGCCAAAUCAAUUGGAAGAGGGGCCUCAUCAACCAUGUACUAUACUGGUUUCUUGCUUCCCAUUGGGAAGAAAAAAACCUGGGCUGAGAUCCGACCUAGGGACGGGAAAGACAGGUCGUCGGCAGAGGGAAGGGUUCCGAGAAAGACAACGCCGGAGAUCGUCGGCAGCGGGCGGCUUCUGAUUCCGGCAAAGAGAACGCUGGAGAUGGAGACGAUGGAGGGAGACGGCGAUGCAGAAACUAGGAGAUGUUGUAGAAGGCGCUAGGGGAUGCAGUUAACGGAUGUGAGAAACUUAGUUAUAAUAGAAGACUACUCGGAGUGCUUUGUAGUUAUAAUAGAAAAAAAUUGUGACAUUUAUUCCAUUAGUAAUUUUAAAAAAAUGUCGCGCAUUUACUCUGUAACAAUCAAAAAAAUAAAACGUAGUCCAAAAAUUUAUGUUUUGAGUUCGGGUUGAAUUAUGUUUAGAGUCAUUAAAAUCUUGGGGUUGGG